CUCUGGGUUGCAGAGGUGGCGGAAGAUAGGUUGGAAAGUGGAGCAGCAGUAGACAUGCAGGGAGUACAUAGAGGGUUAGGCCACACUGCACAUGGUGCGGAUUCACUGACUAGCCGCUGCUGUCCCGGCAAUGCAGGCACAGUGGCAGUUAUUCCCAGUGGAGCUCACCCUGUUGCACGAGCACCGGAAGUCUCCGAUUCGAGCCAAAGCACCAUGCCUUUAACGCAAAGGCCGGGGAUCCGACAUCACAGAUUCGCUCUUUCAGUGCCUUUCCCGACCUCUUUGGAGGCAGAAAUCGCCUGUGGGUCCCUAGCUCCUGAUGCCGAACCGCACCAAGGACUGUUGGGGAAGGAACUUAAAGUGAGCGGCUGCGUGCUGGAAGUACACUGGAUCUCGGAAGACUCUCGCCUCCUCCGAAUUUCCAUCAUGAACUUUCUUGACCAGCUUUCCCUAGUGGUGAACACCAUACAACGCUUUGGGCCCCCAGUUUCUCGUUAAGCCUGGCUGAGAGAAGGUGCUCAGGUUUGACCUUAUGUCCGGUCCCUCCUAAGCAGUACACGCAAGAGUCCAGAAAUAGUAGCUGCUACUUAAAUGUGGGGCCUAAUAUUUUUUGCCUGACUUGAUCUUCAGGUACUUAGGGGCCACUUGAUUAGUCUGGUGCUUAAAUGUUUGUUGCUGAAGAAAUAAAGCUGUGCUUCCAAUCUGUA